CCCUCCUCCGGCUCUGCGCACGCGCGGGGGCCAUAUUCACAGCGGAUACUCGAGCGGCCGAGUUGGUUCAUCUCCCCGAGAGUAAAGUGAUCGGUGCAGCUCUCCACCCUUCAGUGACGUCCCUCCGGAAUUCUAUAAGGUCCAGAAACCAUGUCUCGAAGGUAUGACUCCAGGACCACUAUAUUUUCUCCAGAAGGUCGCUUAUACCAGGUUGAAUACGCCAUGGAAGCUAUUGGCCAUGCAGGCACCUGUUUGGGAAUUUUAGCCAACGACGGGGUCUUGCUUGCAGCAGAGAGGCGCAAUAUCCACAAACUCCUCGAUGAAGUCUUUUUUUCUGAAAAAAUUUAUAAACUUAAUGAGGACAUGGCUUGCAGUGUGGCAGGCAUAACUUCUGACGCUAAUGUUCUGACUAAUGAACUGAGGCUCAUUGCUCAAAGGUAUUUAUUACAGUAUCAGGAGCCAAUUCCAUGUGAGCAGUUAGUUACAGCACUGUGUGAUAUCAAGCAGGCUUAUACACAAUUUGGAGGAAAACGUCCUUUUGGUGUUUCGUUGCUGUACAUUGGCUGGGAUAAGCACUAUGGCUUUCAGCUGUAUCAGAGUGACCCUAGUGGCAAUUACGGGGGAUGGAAAGCCACAUGCAUUGGAAAUAAUAGUGCUGCAGCUGUGUCAAUGUUGAAACAAGACUACAAAGAAGGAGAAAUGACCCUGAAGUCAGCACUUGCUUUAGCUAUCAAAGUGCUAAAUAAGACAAUGGAUGUUAGUAAACUGUCUGCCGAGAAAGUGGAAAUCGCCACACUAACGAGAGAACAUGGAAAGACGGUGAUCAGAGUCCUCAGACAAAAGGAAGUGGAGCAGUUGAUCAAAAAGCACGAGGAAGAAGAAGCCAAAGCUGAGCGCGAGAAGAAGGAAAAGGACGCAUAGGGGCCGGACUGGGGCUCUGUGACUCGCCUGGGCACCGCUUCAGCGUAAAAGCUCUCCUACCCCGAGGAGGCCGCCUCUCCGCCUUCAAACUUGUCCUUGGGGGAAAUAGGACGUGCAUGCUGAAUUGGGUCCUUGUCAUUUCUGUCCAGUUGAGUACUUUAUUGUAAUGAUAAUGAUUACUGUCUAUGGACAUCUUAAUCUCACACAUACCAGUUUUGUGUUUUUGGAAUAAAACUUGGAAAGAAUGAUAA